GGUGGCAGGGUCUGGGGAAGGGGCGGCAGGCGCCAUGUCGGGCCGCGAAGGUGGCAAGAAGAAGCCCCUGAAGCAGCCCAAGAAGCAAGCCAAGGAGAUGGACGAGGAAGAUAAGGCAUUCAAGCAGAAACAGAAGGAGGAGCAAAAGAAACUUGAGGAGCUAAAAGCGAAGGCCGCAGGGAAAGGCCCCCUGGCCACAGGUGGAAUUAAGAAAUCUGGCAAAAAGUAAGCUGUUCCUUGUG